AUGUUUUUGUUACAAACAAAAUUAAGGAUGGAGGAAAAUGCAACUCGUGCCUUUUACUUCACUUUAAGUGUCUAUUUAGAUAUGGACAUGUUAAGCUACUUAUUAUGCCUCAUCGUCCUGUGUCUGUAUGUCCUGAUCGUUGGCUCUAACGUGCUGCUGAUCGUGGUGAUCUGUGUGAACAGGAGCUUACAUGAACCUAUGUACAUGUUUCUGUUCAGCCUGUUUGUGAAUGAACUGUACGGCAGCACAUCGCUGUUCCCCUUCCUGCUGGUCCAGAUCCUCUCUGAUGUUCACAUCAUUUCUGCUCCGCUCUGCUUUCUGCAGAUGUUCUGCAUUUAUACGUACGCAUGUGUGGAGUUCACUAACUUAGCCGCCAUGUCUUAUGACAGGUAUGUCGCUAUCUGCUGUCCUCUGCAGUACAACUCAGUGAUGACUUCACGGAGGAUAGCCAUCCUAAUAUCCAUUACAUGGUUUCCUCCAUUUUUCUUUGUUGCUGUAACUGUAUUCUUGAGCUCCUCUCUGCAACUCUGUGGGAAUGUCAUUAAUAAGAUUUACUGCGACAACCACUCUGUCAUUAAACUGGCCUGUGAGGAGCCUAGAGUCAAUAACAUCUAUGAACUUGUCAUGACUUUCCUCACAGUCUGUGUUCCUGGGUCUGUGAUUCUCUACACCUACGUGAGGAUCCUUAAGGUGUGUUUUUCUGGCUCCAAACAGACCCGGCAGAAAGCUCUCAGUACCUGCACCCCUCACCUCGCUUCAGUUAUCAACUUCUCUUUUGGUGUUUCCUUUGAAAUCGUACAGAGCAGAUUUAACAUGAAUAAUGUUCCCAGCAUGUUGAGGACAAUAUUACCACUGUAUUUCCUCACCUGCCAGCCGCUCUUCAACCCGGUUCUGUACGGCCUGAACGUGUCCAACAUACGCAACCUAAGCAAGAAGCUGAUUUUGAGUAAACUUCAGCAUUUUUUUAGACUUUUUAGUUCUGUGUUAGACUUUUGA